AUGGAGCGGAGAGGCGCCUGCCUGAUCCUCUGCCUUCUGUGUGUCGUGCCCACCGUCACUUCACAGAACGCCAAGAAGAAGGCCACAGAAAAGAACGAUGCAGCAAGUGCAGCAGUGAUUGAGGAGCUCAAGAAGCAGAUGGACGACAUCUGGAAGGAGCUGAACUUGAUCAAGGAGCAGCAGGCGCUGCAGACAGUUUGCCUGAAAGGAUUAAAAAUUCACGGCAAGUGCUUCCUGGCAGGCAACCACCGUAAAAAUUACCACGCUGCCAGCGAGGACUGCAUCGCCCAAGGAGGCACACUGGGCACGCCAGUCAAGGAGGAGGAGAACAACGCGCUCCUGAACUACAUGAUCACCACCAUGGGCACCGAAGCACAGAUCUGGCUGGGCAUCAACGAUAUGGCCAACGAGGGCACCUGGACCGACAUGACUGGCGCCAACAUCAAGUACAAGAACUGGGAGACGGAGAUCACGACCCAGCCCGACGGAGACCGGGCUCAAAACUGCGUGGUGCUCACCGGCACCUCCAACGGCAAGUGGUUUGACGAGAACUGCCGUGCCGAGAAGUCGUUCGUCUGCGAGUUCAACAUCGUCUGAGUGCGCGCGGCCUGCUCUUCCAUUCUGAAUUCUCCUUCUCAGUUACGGCGAGAAGUCACCUUACCCGCUGAAUCUCCAAUCCAGGAAUCGUUUCCUUUGCCGCUGCAUACGUCCCAUUGGGCUUCACUGUUCUUUGAAGGCAAAAACGGCAGAAAAGAAAACCUGAAAGAAAGAAAGAAAGAAAGAAAGAGGGAGAGCAAAAAUGAAAUUCAUGGAGGAAUUUUACAACAGUGUGUGACAAAACAGGAAAAGAAAAGAAGUGUGCGCAGAUAACCUUGGACUUACCUCCUUGUCACACAAGUGAAGAAAGUCAGCCCGUCAGCUUUGGCUAGUGAAGCACUUCACCUUCAAGUCCAGCGAGAGAAGUCGGCUUCUGCCCGUCAUCGGGGGGUUACGUGCCAAGCUUGUCCUCCACAGAAGGUGCACUGUGGUCUUCUCACUGUAUCGCCACACAACACGUUUACUCAGAUGUUAAACACUUCCAUUCAUAAAGAGUAUUUGCUCUAACCCUAUUUGUAUCGCUUGCAUUACUGCCCACUACUUGCAAAGUCCAUCAGUUUAUAAAAUGUGGUCGAUGUUCUGUCCUUUAAUGGCAUCGCCAAGCUCUUUUCUUUUUGUUACGGAUGUAAUAACGCGCUUCUCUUACCACACAUGAUUAAUACGUCAUGAGGUGAAGUACAACUGACGCUGCAUGUCCUAAAUGUACAGUAAGUGUCUACCACUACACUACUCCAUUCUAAUAAAACGUUUUCGCUGUUU